AUGGCUAAUAAUUGUAAAUGUUCAAAUUGUCAAAAGGGAUGUUCAUGUGGCCCCCAAUGCGGCUCGUCUUGUACAUCUAACAAAAGUACUAGUUGUAAGUGUUCACAAAAGGUUUGUCAAGGUUGCGAACCGAACCAAUGCAUAUGUGGUAACGAUACAUGUGCUGAUGCAUGCUCUAAAGAUAACAAAUGCCAAUGUCCGUCUCACUAA